AUGUCGUAUUUCAGUAUAAUGACCCUCCUGAUUCUGCUUUGUUAUCCGAAAUAUACAAGUGGUCUUUUCGGUCCAAGUGCGACAGACUGUGAGGCAGAUCAGUUUUGGGGAAAUUGUAACAAAGAUGCCCUAUGUCUGUGCUACACUGGAUUGUGGUAUUCUUCAAGUGUUUCUUCAAUAAGCGAAAUUAUGCCUUCGGUGAAUUCCUUUAAUGACGUAUGCACAUGUAGUAGUGGAAGCUCAAUACAAAAGUGUAUUUACCCGCACGUGCAUCAGACUGUUGUUUCGUUGCUUUUAAGCGGGGGAAAGAUGACACAAUCAG